ACGGCCAAUCAGCGCUCCCGAGAAGUGGGGCGGGCCGAGAAGGACGGAGCCCCGCGAGCCGCUGCCGCGGAAGAGGCCGUGGAGUGGAGAAGGAGCAGGAGAAGGCUGAGCUAAGGCCGAGGCUGAAGCCGAGGUCGAGGCCAGACCUUCUGACAUGGCCCAGAGCGGGAAUAGUGGAAACCCGUUCGCCGAACCCAGCGAAUUUGACAACCCCUUCCAGGACCCAGCAGUCACCCAGCACCGACCCAGCCCCCAGUAUGCCACACUCGAUGUCUACAACCCCUUUGAGAACCGUGAGUCACCACCUUCCUAUGAGCCACCUGCCCCACCACCUCCACCAACAACCCAGCCCCAUCAGCAGCCUUCCAGAAAACUCAGCCCCACAGAACCCAAGAAUUAUGGCUCCUAUAACACUCAGGCUUCAGCUGCAGCAGCCACCGCAGAACUUCUGAAAAGGCAGGAAGAGCUCAAUCGAAAGGCCGAGGAGCUAGACCGUCGAGAGAGGGAGUUGCGGCAUGCAGCCUUGGGGGGUUCUGCCACCCGACAGAACAACUGGCCCCCACUGCCCUCAUUUUGCCCUGUCCAGCCCUGCUUCUUCCAAGACAUCUCCAUGGAAAUCCCCCAGGAGUUCCAGAAGACAGUGUCUACUAUGUACUACCUCUGGAUGUGCAGUACCUUGGCCCUCCUUCUGAAUUUCCUCGCCUGCCUAGCCUCUUUCUGUGUGACCCCUCUUUCCAGUGGCUCUAGUUUUGGGCUCUCCAUCCUCUGGGCCCUACUCUUCACACCUUGCUCCUUUGUCUGCUGGUACCGCCCUAUGUACAAGGCUUUCAGGAGUGACAGUUCAUUCAAUUUCUUCGUUUUCUUCUUCAUUUUCUUCGUCCAGGACGUGGUAUACGUGCUGGCGGCUAUCGGCAUCCCAUCAUCAGGAUUCAGUGGCUGGGUCUCAGCCCUGAUGGUGCUGAAGGUCAACACGGUUGUGGCUGUCCUCAUGCUGCUAGUCGCCUUGUUCUUCACUGGCAUUGCUGUGCUGGGCAUUGUGAUGCUGAAGCGGAUCCACUCCCUGUACCGCCGCACAGGUGCCAGUUUCCAGAAGGCCCAGCAGGAGUUUGCCGCUGGUGUCUUCUCCAACCCUGCAGUCCGAACAGCUGCAGCUAACGCAGCUGCGGGUGCUGCCAACAAUGCCUUCCGGGCCCCGUAACAUUCUCCCUCUCACCUAUUCAUCCCCCACCCCGGCUGGUGCACCCCAACCUUGGCUCUGGAUGAAGCUGGUUCUACUCCCCUUUCAUCUCUCCCUAGGAUUGAUUUUAGAGAGACGGGUGUUUUUAUUUGUUGUCUCUCCUUAAUCUUUGUGGCAGUGAGAAUUGGUCUGCCCAAGAGGGUGAGGGGAACCCAGGGGUCCUGAAACCAGUCCCAACCACUGCCCAACUGCCCCCCCCUCCCCGGGCCUCACUGUGCUGCUGUUCCCUCAACACUCCUCCUCUCACCCUCCCCCCCCCCCCCCCGGGAGCUCUUGCUUCCCUCUGCUGUGCCAAGGCUAACGCUUCAGUUAUUUAAAUAAAGAAAAGUAGAACUUGGA